UUAAUAUUUUUCUCCAAUAUAAUGUGAUUGACUCACCUAAUAAUGAGUUUGAAUUUUGCAAUAUUAGGGUGGCGCGUGGUGUACAUCACCUUCUGAGUGCUUGGAAAGAUCAAAAGGAUGGCUUGGGGACGUUUAUUCCAGACCUAGAAGAGCUUAUUUUGAUGGGAUGCUAGAAAACAACAAAACAUACAAUCCAGAUUUUUAUAACUGGAAUAGAGUCUACAUUGUAUAUUGCGAUGGCUCGUCAUUCUUGGGAGAUGUUGAGGAAGUUGACCCUCAAACCAACGUUACAUAUAGAGGCUCAAGAGUCUUUGACGCUGUUAUCGAGGAUCUAUUCGCUAAAGGAUUGAAUAAUGCCGAAAAUGGACUAGAAAAAUUCUUGCCUGCAUCAUGCACAUCAAAACGGAAUCCUGGUCAGUGCCUUUUCCCUGAAUACUUGGUCGAGGACAUUCAAACCCCACUGUUCAUACUCGAAUCUUCAUUCGAUUAUCACCAGUCGGUAGCGGAGGCCAUUGGUGAUUGGUAUUUCGACAGGAGGUCUUUCCGUGAUAUAGACACCGUUGAUCACGUGCCACGAAAUUGUAACAGUACUCUUGACCAUAACGCGUUUAACAAGACAUUUAACUGCUCGAAACCGUUGUUCCUUUUCCCUGUUCACGAGGCAUCGUGGCGCGACAACCCUCGUUGCGUGAAGACCUUGGUGCCCUCGCGGCAUGGCCUGCUUCCCGGCGCAGCGAUCGACUGUCCCUUAGUGUCUGUUGGGUCGUGGCACUCCUCGCGGAGUGAAGACCUGGGCGCCCUCGCAGCACGGCAUGCAUUACGGCUUGGGCCUGUUGGCUUGCUGCUCAUGCCUGCUGCAGGUGGGCUCAUUGCGGAUAGCCUGUUGGGCCGUUGUCCUCAUGCGGUUGUGCUUGGUUGCCCACCAACGACAGAUCGGGACAUCGACGACAUUUGUGUGGAGCCGACAAGCGAAGACAACAGACCGGACCAUUGGUUCGCAGCCCAAAGCACCGCCACAAGUACCAAUGCAUCUCCCAUCGCCAUCCGUCACGAGUGGUGGUUGGCCGUGUCGUGCCUCUCAUCUCCGCCGCCGCCGCCGUGCGACCUGAACGCUUGCGACUCCGAGACUCAAUCGCCGCCCACCCUGUACGGAUUUAUCCCCGUCAGCAUUCCAAUUGCCCUUCUCCCAUCCUGUCGCCGCCGCCUAGCUGCUGACUCGGCAGCAGUGCCACCAGCGUCAGAAUUUUCAGGAAGUGCAGCCCGCUCGACAUUUAGUGUUGAACCUUGA